AUGCUACACUGGCCGAGCGGAGUUGUCGCGUAUUCCUUACUAGCUCUUGUCGCGGUCUCCAAUGCCUCAUCUCUUGACCCUUGCGCUGCAAUUGCCAACAAAACUUGGAUCGCCCCACAGGAUGUCAGGGCGUGCUUUACAUCGCUUCCGGUACAGUCUGAGAUCAAGAGCAAUAUCAUCGAGGUCAUCAACAAGACGCUCGCUUUCCACACGUCCGUCAACUACCAGAAGCAAGCUCCCCCGCCGUUCGCGGACGAUGUGCACGAGGACGUUCUGGGCGACCUUGCGCGCAUCAGCUCCCAGGAGUACGCGUCUGAUUUCGACCUACACAUCGACAUUUCAAGGGCAGUCAAGAGACUGAAUGACGGCCACUGCGUAUAUUACAGUCUCUGCUAUGACUCACUAUUCACGUCGUUCCUUCCCACCCCCCUCGUUCUGCUAACCGACAUCGAUGGCUCGCAGCAUGUACACAUCACACCAGAGGCAUUCAACGUGUCCUCUGCCGAGUUUGGUGAUGAAAUUGACGUGUGGCAGAACGCGCUGCCAGAUAAGCUAAAGGGCAAGCUGAGUUCGCUCUCUGGGGCGGAAGUCCUACUGAUCGACGGCGAGGACCCCUGGGUUGCAGCCCACGCGAACUCUCUCAUCACUGGCAGCUACCAGGGGUACGGGACCCGGCUGAAUUCGUUCUUCUCCAGCUACCGCCGUGCCGACGAUGGAUGGGUCUAUAUGAUGGGCAACUUCGCACAGCAGAGUCUGCCGCUCGUGGACUCGGUCAACCUGACCAUCCGGCGGCAGGACAGCGACGAGAGCGAGAACAUCACGCUUCCGUACCGCUCGCGCGUCUCUCCGGGCGCGAAGCCGUGGACAGACUCGGUGUCCUUCCGCGGUAACAACUGCGUCGCAACCGAGUAUACAAACGGCAUCGACCUGUACGCGGAGCCCUCCCUCUUCGCCCUGCCUCCGGGCCCCCAGCAACCAUUCGCGCUCCCCCGGCGGCCCCGCAGGCAUCUCGUGAACGAGCUGCUCGAUGCCACGCCACAGCAAGACGUUGAGCUCCCGCCAGAGCUGACGCCGAGCUCGCCGCUAAACGGGAGCGCCGGCGUCGCGCAGUUCUACAUGCUGAACGACACGGAGACGGGCGUCCUUGUACUGGGGAGCUUCGCGGAGAGCGCAUUCGAUGUCCUGCAGGAGUCCUUGCUCGUAGGCCUGCUCGAGCUGAGGGAGCGGGGCGCGAAUAGGCUGAUUGUCGACGUCACAAACAAUGGCGGCGGGUAUAUAUGCAUCGCUCACUGGUUGCAUAGGAUUAUUGCGGGCCCGAAGGAUACUACAAUCCCUCAAGCAGGCUUACAAACGGUGACACGUGCGGGCCCGCUCGCGCAGCUAAUCGUGGAGGAGAUCGUGAAAGGAGCGGAUCCGGACGGGCUCUCGCUAUACAAUCCGCUGAGCUGGGAGUUCGCCAAUAACACGCCAUUCCCGGCGACGCUGAACUGGCUUCGGCUACCCGUAGAGAAAGUGAUCAAUGGACAGGCCGACGCGUUCAGUCAGAUACUUGGAGACGAGUGCCAGCCAUUUGAGAUGGACCCGCCAGCCGAGGCACUGUUCGACCCGAAGAAAGUUGCUAUCAUCAAUAACGGCAGGUGCGCAAGCUCGUGUUCGCUCUUCAGCAUCACUAUGGCCAAGGGAGAAGGCUCCAAGACUGUGUUCGUCGGUGGCAAAGCAGGUGUUCAACAGCAAUACUGUGGAAUCGUCGGCGGCCAGUCCACCCGCUUCUCGCAGGUUGAUACUGAGAUCAAGUCUGCCCGGCUGAAGAAUCACACCCUAGCACCACCUGAUUUCAAAACAAACAGUGUACAGGGAAUCACCUGGCGUCUAGGGAUGGGUCUUGACGACCCUUCAGAACCUGAAGAGUGGCAAAAUCACCCGGCAGAUGUGAAUCUUCCCCUGACAAUCGACAUUGUCAACAAUCCGCUUGCCAUCUGGGAGCUAGUCGCGAAGAGCGUCCUGUGA